CAAAAAAUCAAAUAGCUUGGUUUUAGCUUUCACAACAGAUGCAUGCUUUCAGACUACGUAUAAAUUAAUUUUUGUCAUUACCAUCUUUCACUGUUUCUUUUUCUUUUCUUUUUUAUAACCAACGACCUUUUACCGUUUAAAUUUCUCUCAGCAGAAACGAAGACAAGAAGGACUAACUUGUUCAUUUGAAUAGACUUGGUAGGUUGUCAUUUAUCCCUGAGAUUUAUAUUCUUUAGGUAAACUAUGAAUAGUCCUAUUUACGUUUUGGGUGCUGGAAGCAUUGGAAGUUUGCUUGCUUGUGAACUGGCAAGUCUUCCUUCGUUGCAAAAUAAAGUUGUUUUGUUGUUAAGAAAUCAAGCAAGAGCUGAACAGUUCAGAGCGCAGCAAUCGUUGCUUACAAUCGAACGGACGUUUGAGGAAAAUGCACCACAAAUACAGUGUAAACUAAAAGCGACAUAUCCUGCCGAGUUGAAUGUUGAUACGAUUGACAACUUAAUUGUCACAACUAAAACUGUACAUUCAGAAAGGGCAAUAUUAGAUUAUGUUCCCUAUAUAAAAAAAGACUCAAAUAUUCUGUUUGUGCAAAAUGGUCUAGGUGUGAUUGAACAUCUGAAAAGAGUGGUAUGGACAGAUGAAAGCAAGAGUCCUAAUCUUUACCAAGGAAUUACUACACAUGGAUGUUUUCAGAAGAAAGACUUUCAUUAUGUGCAUGCUGGUUUAGGAAAUUUAAAAAUUGCCAAAGUUGGGUCCUCUGCAAUGGACAGUACUUGUGCAUUAGUAGAAUUACUGAUGAAGUCCAAAACGUUGAAUACAAGCUACUUGUCUUAUGAUGAUUUGCUUAUCUCUCAAUGUGAGAAACUCGUAAUAAAUGCAUGCAUGAACCCGAAUACUGCCAUCCUCGAUUGUAUGAAUCGAGAAUUAUCCAACAUUGAAGAAGUGAAAGUUCUUUUUAAGUGCAUUAUUACCGAAUGUGUUGAUGUCUUUUUUAAAAGUAUGCCUAAUUUGGCUGAAAACCCAAAAGCUAGACAGACACUGGAUAUUCAUAGACUUCUAGACUUUGUGAUGUAUGUGGGUUUCGUGGUUUGUGGAAACAAUAGUUCUUCCAUGAGACAAGACACUCUUUUCAAGAGAGAUACGGAAAUAGAUUCUAUUAACGGUUGGAUUGUCAAACUAGCAAACGAACUAGGAUACCCAGCGAAUGUCAAUAAGACCAUUACCCUCUUGGCCAAAAUUAGAGCACAGGUCAACCAAAGACGUAUCUAGAAUUUAUUUUUCUAUGAUUAAUA